UCCACACCAACACACGCCCGACACACUGGAAUGACUCCAUCCGCCAUGCAAGGUCGGCUUCGGGAGCGGGAGAGUCCUUUCCCGAUGAUCCCUGUCGAUGAAGCCAUCGGAGAGGUGCUGAAGCAAGCGACUCCGCUCGAGGCGGUAACUCUCAGCCUGGCCGACAUUCCUCUGGGGAGCGUUUUGGCAGUGGACGUGACUGCUCCGGAGCCGCUGCCCCCGUUCCCAGCGUCAACCAUGGAUGGAUACGCCGUUGUGGCAUCGGAUGGCGAAGCAGUGCUAGAGGUGGUCGGACGUAUCACAGCCGGAGUCGACCCGGACUCCAUACAAGUAUCAUCCGGGCAGUGCGCGUACAUAACGACGGGCGCGAAGCUCCCCCAAGGAGCGGACGCAGUCGUAAAGGUGGAGGACACGGCUGCAGUGGACGGCGAGGACCCGACGACGUUCAGCGCGGAGGAGACGUCCGUGCGAAUCUUGAAAGGGGUGCGGGCGGCGCAGAGCGUCCGUCCAGUGGGACACGAUAUCACAGAGGGGGCGACGGUGUUGCGGGCCGGCGAGGUCAUACAGGCUGCUGAGAUUGGACUGCUGGCUACCGUGGGGGUGGCUGACGCGCCCGUUAUUCCGCGUCCGAGAGUUGGCGUGAUGUCUACGGGAGACGAGCUGGUGGAGCCCGGGGAGAAGAUUUGCGGCGGUUUCAUCCGCGACAGCAACAGAGCCACCCUCCUCGCGGCGGUGGCUUCGAUGGGUGGGGUGCCCGUGGACCUGGGGAUUGUUAAGGACAAGGAAGCUACGCUCAAGGGUGCCGUGGAAGCGGCCCUGGAGCAGUGCGACGUGCUGGUCACCUCCGGAGGGGUCUCCAUGGGGGAGGCCGACCUGCUUAAACCCAUCCUCGAGUCGCUAGGGACGGUUCACUUCGGGCGAAUCCGCAUGAAGCCCGGCAAGCCUACGACCUUCGCGACGACGUCCGGGGGAGGCGGCGACGACGGCGGCGGCGGCCCCGCCCGACCCCGCCUGGUCUUCGCCCUCCCCGGCAACCCGGCGAGUAGCCUGGUGUGCUCGCACCUGUUCGUGGCCCCCGCGCUGCGAAGAAUGCGGGGCUACGCCCUUCCCGAUUGCAUGCCGGCGCAGGUGGACGCGCGUUUGACUGCCCCCCUCCGACUAGACUCCGUCCGGCCGGAGUACCACCGCGCGGUGGUGUCCUGGAACAACAUCGCGGGCCGUUUCGACGCGGCUAGCACGGGCAACCAGAUGAGCUGUAGGUUACUGUCCAUGAAGUCGGCCAACGCGCUCCUGUGCGUGCCCCGGGGGGAAGGCGAGCUGGCGGCGGGACAACAGCUCCCCGCUAUCCUGAUCGGCGAGCUGCCCCCUCCGUCGGGUGUCAGCUGCUUCCACGCGAAGGCGGUCGCCCUGGCUACGGGAAAGACACCAUCGCCGGUGUCGCCGCUUGCCGCCGCCGGGGAGAACGGUCCCGGUGGCGGCGGCGGCGGCGGUCCCACGGGGUACGUGUCUUUCCCGCCCUCACCGCCCGCAGAGCGCAAGAAGGGGGGGGCAGUGAACUGUUGCGGCAAACGGAGGGGGGGGGGUAUCGCCGCCGGCGCCACCUGGCGACUGUGGAAGUGCGUGUUGCCAAGGGCACAGCAAUCAUGGACACACGCACGGGAAGGGGUCCGGACUCACGUGAACGCCUGCUUGCUGACCGUCAGCGACCGCGCCUCGCAGGGGGUUUACGAAGACCUCAGCGGCCCGGCCAUGAGGCAGGUCCUGGAAAACAAGGCGGCGGUGAAGAAGUGGUGCGACGACUCAUCGAUAGACCUGGUCCUGACUUCGGGGGGCACUGGGUUCGGGCGCCGAGACCUCACGCCGGAAGCCAUUCGCCCCCUGCUUCACAGGGAGGCGCCUGGCGUCGUGCACGCGAUCUACCAGGGCGGUCUCAAGUUCACCCCGCUGGCGGUGCUGUCCCGCCCGGUGGCGGGCACCCGGAACAACACCCUCGUGGUGACCCUGCCGGGCAGCGUGAAGGCGGUGAAGGAGAAUCUGGGGUCGAUGGUGCCGCUGCUGCCGCGCAUCGUGAACCUUCUCAAGGGGAACCCCUGCUGA